AAUAGGCUAGUUGAUCCGCUCAAGUAAAUUCAAUCGAGCACUUUGUCGGUCUAAAUUCUUAAAUCUAAAUACAUAACAAAUAGACUUCUUGCUCUUGAUUUUCAGAGGAGAAAAUUCUUCUUCAGUCAUUUUUCACCUUUUCAACAAUCGGAACCUUCUUGAAACUCAACAUCAACAUCAUUUCGCACUUUAUUUGUCCUACUUUUCAGUUGUUUUUUUGUCCAACCUUAAAAAACAUCGAUUACAACUAGCAAACAAACAGAAACCGAAAAAAUAUUUAUCUAAAUUACACUUUUAUUCUACCUUUGAAGAAAAUCUUUGAUUUAUUUCCAAUUUGGCCAAACUUGCUUUGAAAUGCAUACGGAUCCCAAGUUAGGGUUCCUGCUUUCACAAGCACAUGCUAACCCAGGCGCUUUCCCGCCAGGAGCAGCGGCUCUUUUCGCCGCCAACCCCAUGAUUGCCAACCACCCGCAACUACUUCACCAACUAUCGGCACAACUUGCUGCUCAGAUGAACAGUGCCGCGGGAGGACCCGGUGGCGUGCCAGGAGGCUCAAUGCACCCAGCUGGAGCUCCGAUACCUCACCCCGCUCUCAUGGGUUUCAAUCCGGAACAGGUUGCCCAAGUUUGCGACACUCUGGAAGAAAGCGGAGAUUUCGACCGACUUUCAAGAUUUCUCUGGUCAUUGCCUCCCCAUCUGUUGGAAUCAACAAUGAAAAACGAGUCAAUUCUCAAGGCAAGAGCAACAGUGUAUUUCCAUAACGGGCAAUUCAGAGAUCUCUACGUUCUGCUUGAAAACAACCGGUUCAAAAAAGACUACCAUCCAAAACUUCAGGCAAUGUGGCUAGAAGCUCAUUAUCAAGAAGCUGAGAGGCUGCGAGGGCGACCUCUGGGACCCGUUGACAAAUACCGAGUUCGGAAGAAGUACCCUCUCCCAAGGACCAUUUGGGACGGAGAGCAAAAAACUCACUGUUUCAAAGAGAGGACUCGCGGUUUGUUGCGAGAGUACUACUUGACAGAUCCGUACCCGAACCCAAACAAAAAGAAGGAGCUAGCCCAACUGACAGGACUGACUCCCACACAAGUCGGAAACUGGUUCAAAAACAGAAGACAGAGGGAUCGAGCUGCAGCUGCUAAAAAUAGAGGCACAGCGUUGAACAACUUCAACUCAUCUGACAAUGAAGGUUCAUACGACAAAAUCCGAUCUCUCGAAAUUGACAUUAACGACGAUGAUGACGAUGACGACAUUGACUUGGACGUCAGCGUUUCAGAUUCUGACGACGAGGACCGAGAAAACUCAGCCGAGACGAAAAAAUCGACAAGUAUGUCCCCUGAACUAACUUCAAAGUCAAAACUUGACGACUCGAAAUCAGUAAAAUCCGAACCUUGUGAUCUCUCCGUUGGCGCCGAGCACACCACAGACUCCGGCUCUGCUUUGAAAGUGAAGUCGGAAAAUUGCAGUCCCAUAGCAUCUACAACUUCGGAAGUCAGCCCGAAUCACUCCACGAAAAGUGGGUCAAGCUCGUCAUUCGUAUCACCGACCCAUCCCGGAAACCUUUCCGGAUUAUCUCAAGCGUUCGCAGCCCAAAAUGAAAACCUAAAACGAGAGCUGUUUUCACUUUAUUCCGCACAUUUGAAUUCCCAAAAUUCAGGAAUGCAGUCAAACUUUCCAGGGCUACACUCAUCGGCGAGUCCGAUGCACUUGGCGAAUUUGCCGCCUUCAAGUUUGGGUUCCGCAGCGGCGCAUCAGCAGCGCUUGCUAGUGCCACCGGCACAGUUUUUUCUUCAAGCCCAACUCGCAGCUGCUGGUCGGCUUAGUUCUUCACACACCGCAGGUGUAGUGCCACACUCGUUUUUGAACCCAGCUUCUCAAUCACUAAUGAGGACGAAUCAGUUUUUGCUGAGUUCGGCUCUGAACUCGAGCCAACAAAUCAAACCGACGACCUCAACCGGGGCACUAAACACUACAUCAUCAGUUUCCAAUUCGCCCGUAAGUUCGGCAACAAUUGCUACAAGUUUGGUGGCAACAUCGGCGACAACAAAUAGCCCGACAAAGUCCACAGUAUUUUCACCAGUCCGCCUGUGCAAUAUAAAGGACUCAAAAUGAAGUCGAGCACCUGAAAUUCUAGAAUUCUAAUUGACCCGAGUUUGAAAAACUUAGAAAAAACUUGCUACAAUUUAUUAUCUGUUUUACUCUCCUUGUAUUAUUUAUAUGAAACCUGAAACGUUUUUUCUGAAAAAAGUUCAGAAAUUUUGUUGUAAAGGUUUUUUUGAAAUUAAUUUACACGAAUUUGGUGCCAAAUAAAUGUACAUAGCAAUAAUUUUAUUUGUAUCCCGUCGAUUUUUGUUGAUAGAUUUAGUCUGAAUUAAUAUCAGAG